AAAACUGUAGGACAACACGCGCGGACUAUGUUUCUCCAGUCAUUCGAGUUGUUGUCGGCAGUUCUACAAUAGUGACUGGCAAGAGUUUUUCUUACGAACGACAUUAACACAAAUACCAAAAACCAUUCGCCAUGGCCGCUGCAUUCGUUGGAUCGUGGAAGCUCACCGAAAGCGAGAAGUUUGAUGACUUCCUAAAGGAACUCGGCGUCAAUAUGGUCCUCCGCAAAUUUGCACAAGCCGCAACUCCAACUGUUAAUAUCAGUAACGAAGGCGAUAAAUGGAAGAUUGAAACCAUCACAACUAUGAAAACGUCAUUGAUCGAAUUUAAGAUGGGCGAGGAGUUCCUUGAAAAACGCCUCGAUGGUAACGAGGUCCGUUCGGUGAUGACCAUGGAUGGUAACAAGAUGAUUCAGAAACAAUUUGCCGAUGAAGCCAAGAAGCUCAAGGAGGUCACGAUCACCCGUUGGAUUGACGGAAACCGCCUGCUUGUCGAAGCUGCCGUCUCCGACAUUGUGUCGACCAGGAAGUACGACAGACAAUAAAUACUUUCCUUCAAACUAAUCACUAUUCGACAGACCAUACAUCUCCAACAUGAAAAUCACACAGAAAAACCUGCGAACAACUAGUUGCCUAGGUGAAGGGAAAGCAAAAUACAAGCACAACGAAUGGAGAGUCAUUUCUACUUCUACAAGACAUUGUUUGCAUGUGAGUUUUGUACACCGAAGCUGAAAUCAGUUCCACGAAAAAUGGCGGUGCCGAUCGUACCGGGUGGUUCACAGGUCGUUGAAAAAUGGUCGCUUCGGAUGCGAAAACACUAAUUCGGAGCGGAAUGAAUUUGGCAGAAGCAAAAAAACAACUUCGAUUGUGUGGAAUCCAUAAGGGAAAAUAAAAGC